AUGGACCCCAAUUCAAAAGAAACCGAGAAACAAUGCGUCCUCUGCUGUCAAGACAUCGACAUCUUCGCCCUGGGAAAAUGCGACCACCCGGUGUGCUAUCGCUGCUCUACCAAAAUGAGGGUGUUGUGUGAGCAGAAGUACUGUGCGGUGUGCCGAGAGGAGCUAGAUAAUGUGAUAUUUGUGAAGACGCUCGAAAACUUCUCAUCUCUUCCAUACCAGAAGUUUCCGUGUGAUAAAAAUCAUGACAUAUACUUUAAGGAUGAGAGAAUCUCUGCACAGUACAGGCAUCUAUUGCUCCCAGAGUGCAUUCACUGUGCAGAGCCAAAAGUCUUCUCAAGAUUUGAAGAACUGGAGCAGCACAUGAGAAAGCAGCAUGAGCUUUUUAGUUGCAAGCUCUGCUCAAAACAUCUCAAGAUCUUCUCCUAUGAGCGCAAAUGGUACACACGAAAAGAGUUGGCCCGUCACCGGACUCAAGGAGACCCUGACGACACGAGUCACAGGGGACAUCCGCUGUGCAAAUUCUGUGAUGAACGAUACCUAGAUAACGACGAACUGCUUAAACACUUGCGCAGAGAUCAUUACUUCUGUCAUUUCUGUGAUGCAGAUGGGUCACAGGAGUACUAUUGUGAUUACCAGUACUUGAGUGAACACUUCAGGGAGAGUCACUAUCUGUGUGAAGAGGGUCGUUGUGCUACUGAACAGUUCACUCAUGCGUUCCGCACAGAAAUUGAUUAUAAAGCUCACAAGGCCGCAGCACACAGUAAGAACCGCGCUGAGGCCCGACAGAACCGCCAGAUUGACCUGCAGUUCAACUUGGCCCCCAGACAACAAAGGCGAAAUGAGGGUCAAGUAACUGGUGAAGACUAUCAAGAAGGGCAUCAUAUGAGAGGAAGAGGACGAACUCAAGGAGCACAGAAGAGCUGGAGAUAUUCAAGAGAAGAGGAAGAUCGAGAUGUGGCUGCUGCCAUGAGGGCGUCGUUGGCCAUGCGUCGUCAGGAAGAGAGGGGUGCAAUAAAGGAGAGGAUUGCUUCCAAGAUGAAAGAGAGAACAGAUCCAGAAGAACUAAGGUCUAGAUCCGGCCCUGUCAACCCCCCAACCAACAUGCCACCAGUUAAAACCAUGAAAAGCACAACUCCUGGAGAUGAAGAUGAUUUUCCAGCUUUGGGAGCCACUGCAAAUCUACCAACUGUCAAGACUGUUCCUGUCCCCACACCAGCAGCAUCUCAUCCCCGUUUAAAAGAAGACGACUUCCCAAGUCUGUCUGUGACCAGUCUCUCUGCGCCCAUGGCUCCUGCAUACACUGCACACCCUAAAAAGAGUUCAUCAUUCCAGGAAGAGGAUUUUCCUGCUCUGGUUUCUAAUGUCCGACCUGCCAAAUUUGCUGCAGGAACCAAAUCUGCCUGGUCGAGCCAGGCUGCCGCACCUAAAGCCCCAGUCCCUGCUAGUACUAAACCUGCCCCCCCCCCACCAGGCCCACAGCUCCUUUCUUCCACAAGCAUCUCUGCAAAGAGAAAAAAAAAGAUGGGAGAGAAUGUCAAGGCUCUGGCUCCUUCGCCAAACUCUGAUGAAGAAAGUGGAGGCUUGACUCAGAAUGAAUUUCGUGCGGUACCGACCAUGCUGGACAUUUCCUCUUUGCUCACUGUCAAAGGAAGCAGCAGCAGCAAUAAUACGCCCCAACCUCAAAAGCCCAAGUUGACUGCCAUCAUGGACCUUGCGCCUAUGUCCAAAGAAAAAAUGGAAACCAGCAAAAGGAAAAAACAGCCGAAGAACAAUGCAGUUUCAUCAGGAACAGAAAAGGCAUCAGUGACAGAAUCUUAUCCUGUAGAAACUACUGCCCAGAAGGAAAAUGUCCCAGAGAAAUCCCGGAACAAACCCAGUUUAGCUAAUGGCUACCCUGACAAAUCCCCAUCAACAAACAGGACAUCAAACAAGAAAACUGCUGCUGUAACUUCCACAACAACUGAACAACCAACAGAACAAGAGGAAGAAUUUCCAGCCCUGUUGGCUCAGAAACCACCACCAGGUUUCAAGACCUCAUUUCCAAUAAAGACUUCAAACCCUCCUCCUUUGACUGCGGCUCCUACUCCACCUCCUGGUCUGGGGAACACGGCUCCUAAGCCUCCGCCAGGAUUCACUGGAAUUCCUCUGAACAGCAAUGUGCCUGAGCCUUCCUCCUCCAGCACCAACACCCCUGUAGUGUCAUCGGGUGAAUACCAUGUGCCAGAAGACUUCCAGCAGAGGAAUCUGAACUUGAUCUUGUCUAUUAAGAAAUACCUCCACAACGAUGAGUCAAAGUUUAACCAGUUCAAAAACCACUCCGCACAGUUCAGACAGGGUGUCAUUUCGGCAACGCAGUACCACCGUUGCUGCAAGGACCUGCUCGGAGAGGACUUCAACCGCAUUUUCAAUGAGCUGCUUGUGCUUUUGCCAGACACAAACAAGCAACAGGAACUGCUCACUGCCCAUGGAGACAGCAGAGCUCUGGAGAAGCAGACUGGAGGAGGAAAGAAGAACAAGAACAAAAAGAAUGCAUGGCAAAUGACUCCUUCUAAUUCUAUCGCCGCAGCUGAACUGGACUGCCAGGUUUGCCCCACUUGUAGACAGGUGCUGGCGCCCAAAGACUUCAACGCUCACAAAUCCCAGCACACAGCUGAGAGUGAGGAAUUCCCUUCACUCCAGUCCAUUAGUCGCAUCAUCAGCUAG